AUGACUUCAACGACAUUUGGCAGUGCAUUGCUGCACAUGGCAACUGGAGAGUUGCCGCUUAUAUUGUCCCUUAUUUUUGGUGGAUGCUGCAGCCAUUUGGUGACGUUUGGCCAAUUCGUCUUUGUUGCAGUAGAAGGAUUACGGCACCAAUUGACGUGGACUCGAUACGGUCCAAGACUUAAACCGACGGUGGUUCCCUUGUCGCGUUGGCUGUUUUUGGUCGUCUUGUUUUUCCUUGUCUCGGUUUUGAAUAACCUCGCUUUGGGAUAUCACAUUUCGGUUCCUUUGCAUAUCAUUUUCCGCAGUGGUGGCUUGAUUAUCAAUAUGGCCAUGGGCGCAUUGAUUUUGAAGAAAAGAUAUUCCUUUGAACAAAUCGCGGGCGUCUUGUUUGUUACGAUCGGUGUGAUCUGGUCUACCAUCGAUAAUUCCACCCCAAAAAAUGAAGAGACUACUGGUAGCACGUCCGAGUUUUUAACCGGCAUCGCGCUAUUGGUGAUUGCCAUGGUUUUAUCGGCUGGAAUGGGUUUGUAUCAAGAAGUCACGUAUAAAAAGUACGGUAAACAGUGGCGAGAGGGUUUAUUCUACACACAUUUCCUUGCUCUUCCAUUCUUUCUGCUGUUUUACAACGAUCUGAUCAAACAAGCGUCCGUGUAUUCGAGAUCGACGGCAACACCGCUGCCGCACAUCAUUCGUCAAGUCCCUGGAUUCGGUUCCGUCCUUGAAUCUUUGCCUUUGCCACCUAACAUCCAAACCGCUUUAGCAUCCUACCGUAUCCCGAAACUUUGGGGCUAUUUGUUGUUGAACGUCUUGACACAAUACGUUUGUAUUGCAGGUGUUAACCGAAUGACCGCCGUAGCAACCUCGUUGACUCUGAAUCUCGUCCUCAACCUACGUAAAUUCACGUCCCUGUUAAUCUCAAUUGUCGUUUUCGAUAAUGAGUUCGGCAUCGGAGCGAAAAUCGGCACGGCACUCGUCAUUUUUGGUACCCUCAUCUAUACCCAUGCAGGGAUGAAGGGUAGUAGUCGCACGACUCCUUCACCAGAUGAAAAGGAUAAAGAUAAAUAA